GAAGUGCCAUUUGAUAUUGCAUCCAAGGUUAAGAACCACUAAUAUAAAGAGGGGUCUUUAAUGCCAUAGUGUAAUUAUGAAAAAUAGAUGCUUAAGUAAUCAGAAAAGAAAAAGGUAUUGUUAAAAAGCUCUAGAAUUGAAAGCUUGACCGAAAGAGAGAGAAGAGACAAAGCCUGGGGUCCUUGGGCUCUCCGGCUAGACCAAGGUUAACAAGCCCGCUUGGGCUUCCUUCGCAAUUCCACAGUGGAAACAAGUCAGAAGAAAGGCAUGCUUCUUUUGUCCUCCUGACACUCCAUUUACUCAAAAGCAACGGGCUCAACAAUCCCGGAACAAAACCCUCAUGGCGCUGGGUGACCUUCCAACCCCCAGAGCUGUAUGGGCCGCUAAGCCAGCGCACAAAAGCGGGGCCCGCGGCUCUUUUGUUCUCCCCGAGGCUGGGCGCCGCGUGGAGAGACAGCUGACACGCUCUGGAACUUCCCAGCUGCGCACCCGGGGCCUCCGAUGUUUAUUUAGCGGACUGCUGGCUCGGCGAGGUGCCUCGGGGAGCCGGCCGUGCGCCCGCCCGCAGAAGAGCCAUGUUCAGGCGCAGCUACGUCUUCCAGACCCGCAAGGAGCAGUACGAGCGCGCCGAGGAGGCGCCGCGCGCCGCAGAGCCGGACCGCCUGGCGGAGGCCCGGGCGGCCGCGCCGAACCUGGCGGCGCUGCAGGGGCUCGGCGAGCGCGUGGCCGCUCACGUCCAGCGGGCCCGGGCGCUCGAGCAGCGCCAUGCCGUCCUCCGGAGGCAGCUGGACGCCUUCCAGCGCCUGGACGAGCUGGCCGGCCCGGAGGAUGCCCUGGCCCGCCACGUCGAGGGAAACCGCCAGCGCGCCCGGGACCUGGCCGCCGAGCGCACCCGGCUGGAGCGCCAGGGCGCAGAGGCGCAGCGCGCGCUCGACGAGUUCCGGAGCAAGUAUGAAAAUGAGUGUGAGUGUCAAUUGCUGCUGAAGGAGAUGCUGGAACGACUCAACAAGGAGGCAGACGAGGCCCUGCUACGUAACCUGCGUCUUCAGAUUGAAGCCCAGUUUCUGCAGGAUGACAUCAGUGCGGCCAAGGACAGGUACAAAAAGAAUCUUCUGGAGAUUCAGACCUAUGUCACCAUCCUGCAGCAGAUCAUCCAGACCACCCCGCAGGCAGCCGCCAUAACGAGUGGGAUGCGGGAGGAGAAGCUCCUGACGGAACGGGAAGCUGCCGCCCUGCAGUGCCAGCUGGAGGACGGCCGGGAGAUGCUCUGCCUCCUACAGGCCCAGAGAACCGAGCUGCAGGCCCAGACCGCGGCCCUGGAACAAGCCAUCAGAGACGCCCACGAGUGUUAUGAUGAUGAGAUUCAGCUCUACAAUGAGCAGAUCGACACCUUGCGGAAGGAGAUUGAAGAGGCAGAGAGGAGCCUGGAGAGGUCAUCCUAUGACUGCCGGCAGCUGGUGGUCGCCCAGCAGACCCUGAGGAACGAGUUGGACCGGUAUCAUCGCAUCAUCGAGAAUGAAGGCAACAGGCUGAGCUCUGCCUUCAUUGAGACUCCAAUCACCCUGUACACUGCGAGCCAUGGGGCCUCCCUCAGCCCUCGGCAUGGUGGGAAAGAUCUCACCAGGGCUGUGCAGGAUAUAACUGCAGCGAAACCAAGACUCAAAGGCCUCCCCAAGAACCUUCCGAGGAAAAAGGAGAUGGUGGCGAAAGACAGAGCAGAUGAAAUUCUGGAAGAGACACCGCUGAGAGGUCCAGGGGACAUGGAGCUGGGGCAGGACGUACUCAAAGAAGAGGGCGAGUCUAAGCUUGAACCGGGGGAUGAAGAAGCAAGUCCCCCAACCCAGGAAGGGGCUCCGGAGGAUGUCCCAGAUGGAGGCAAGAUAAGCAAAGCCUUUGAGAAGCUAGGCAAGAUGAUCAAGGAGAAGGUGAAAGGCCCCAGAGAACCCGAGCCCCCUGCUGACCUGUACACCAAAGGGCGGUACGUGAUGGUCUCUGGAGAUGCCAGUUUCAUAGAUCCUGGCUUCUGUGUCUUCUCUGUCCCAGCCAAAGGGGGCGUGGUGGUUUCUAAGGGGGAAGACUCUGUGCGUCCUGACAGCGGCGUGGAACCCUCUCCCCAGCAGCCUGAGCCCCCUCUGGAGGACGGACAGGGGCCUCCCCAGGGGAAAGAAGAUGGUCUGAAGGAUGAAGGGGGGCCCCCUGAGGGGAAAGAAGACGGUCUGAAGGAUGAAGGGGGGCCCCCUGAGGGGAAAGAAGACGGUCUGAAGGAUGAAGGGGGGCCCCCUGAGGGGAAAGAAGACGGUCUGAAGGAUGAAGGAGAGCCCCCUAAGGGAAAAGAAGAAGGUCUGAAGGAGGAAGGGGGGACCCCUGAAGGGAAAGAAGACGGACGCCCUCCCACCCCGCACCCUGCAGACAAAGGGGAUGAGAAAAACGCCAAAGAACUAAAGGGCCUCCAGGAGAAACAGGAUGGCCAGAAGGAGGAGGAGGGGGCCAGAGGGCCCUGUCCCAUGGUGGCACCUGGUCCAGAGGGGCCGUCUACACCCCGGUCUCAAGGGCCUCAGGUCACUCUGGGUGGGCCCGAAGGGCAUGGGGCUCAGAGCAGCAGCCGGCCGGCGAGAAGCCCUCCCAGGAAGCUGGCCUACGAGAAGGUGGAGGUGAUGGAAUCCAUAGAGAAGUUUUCCACUGAGAGCAUCCAGACGUACGAAGAGACUGCUGUCAUUGUGGAGACCACGAUUGAAAAGACGAAGGCAAACAAGAAGAAACUGGGAGAGAAGGGAUCCUCCAGUGCCUGAGCUAACCGGGAGGAGGUGCCUCUGGGCCCCUGAGGACACGUGCUUGGAUGUCUUAGAACAGAGGCUACAAGGGUGAGGAUACAAGGUUCUUUGGAUUAGACCAUGGUUGGCCCAUCUGGCUUGCCGAUGAAGCCUUAAUUAAAAUGUUUUAUUUGCUUGCACAUCCUUUGUCUGAUUAACAGGGGCCUUGGGCUUGCAGGUGGGCCAGCCUCGCUCAGGACAGGGGUGCCCUGCUAACAGCCACUGAGCUGAGCUCAUUUAAGAAAGUAGACGAGCCCUUUGUCUUGGGGCAUCGUGGGGCUCAUUAGAGGGUCAGAGUCUGGAUUUCACACCUGAAAUGUGUCAGGUGAUGGAUCGGCUUGUUUUCACCACAUUUCAGGCAUAAGCACACGAUUGCAUGAGGGGUGCUUUGUUAGAAGUCAGGUGAUUAAAGGUGUCUGUCUCAGUUUGGGUUCCCCAAGAAGCUGACCCUGCAGCAAGGAUCUGAUGUCAUUUCUGGGGACGUGGUCCCAGGAAGCGGCAGGAGACGGAGGUGGAGUCAGCAGGGCAUCAGAGAGGAGAGGUGCGUUGGCCCCGUGGGCGGUUGUCACUAGGCCCCUAUCCCCUGGGGCUCUGGGAGACGGGGUGGAACUCAGUCUUCAGUUACCCUGCCCAAGGGUGUGGGAGCUGGGUGUUGACCCACCAACCCCUGUCAGGCAGAAUGGAGGGCCCAGGACAGCCCUCAACCGAGAAUCUCAGGUGCAGGUAGGCUUUUGGAUGCCAGGCGUGGAGACGCAUGGAAGCAAUAGGGGUCACAGGCAAGAAGCAGAGUGCCAGGGCCGCCUGCAUAGCACACAUGCCUUGUGUCCUUCUCACUGAGUCACUUAAGAGUUUCUCAUUCAGAGAUUGCACUCCUGGGCUGGGCUUCAAAAUCAAAAUCCAAUGUCACCACGCAGUUCCUUGUUCAGCAGUUAAUUCAUGAACUCGCCUAACAUUUCCUGAGGGGCUUCACUGAUGGCUCAAGCGGUAAAGAAUCUGCCUGCAAUUCAGGAGACAUAGGAGAGGUGGGUUCAAUCCCUGGGUUGGGAAGAUCACAUGGAGAUGGAAAUGGCAACCCACUCCAGUAUUCUUGCCUGAGAAGUUCCAUGGCCAGAGGAGCCUGGUGGGCUACAGUCCACAGGUCUGCAAAGAGUCAGACAUGACUGAGCAGCUGAGCACAGACGCACGUUUACUGAACAUCCUCUGUGUGCAGGCAGAGUGCAGUGCUGGUAAGGGAGAGCUGACAAGUUUAUUAGUGAUCUCAGUUACCGUCAUAUAAUGUCCCAUAAUACACAUGUGUGUAUUCUCCUGUGCAUACAUGUGCACUCAGGGAUCUGCAGCGUCACAUCUUAGAAAACAGAAAUUACUUGAAACCAGAAUCUUACAAACAUUUUUAUGUUGCCUAUAGGCAUCUCUUUUUUUUUCUACUAACGGUCCAAAAGUAUUUUUUUUUUUGCUUAGCCAAAGAAGAAAUGACCCCUUCUCCAUGUAGAUGCUCCAAAAUACAUUAUGGACAGUGAAUACAUGUGCUGAAAUGGGUUAUUGCAUCUCCCUCAAC